AUGUUUACAGUUCGCAGACCUGCCAAUUGCUCGUUUGUGAGGCUCUUGCGUAGUCAUAGAUCGAUUCACUCAGAUAUAGCAUUUGCAUUUGACAUUGAUGGAGUUCUUCUAAGAAGUAAAGAGCCGAUUCCCGGUGCUUCUGAAGCUCUCAAGCUGUGUCAGGACAACCAAAUUCCAUUUAUCUUAUUGACCAAUGGUGGUGGGACUUUGGAAAAUCAGCGCACAGCUUUCCUGUCGGACGCUUUGAGAAUCACACUGUCACCGUCCCAAAUAGUCCAAAGUCACACACCUUUUAAGACCCUGGUGCCUGAGUAUAAGAAAGUGCUGGCCGUUGGGUCGCCCACCGUGAGAGACGUGGCCGAAACCUAUGGCUUUGAAAAAGUUGUCCAUCCUAUGGAUAUUGUUCGGUACCAACCCAGUAUUGCGCCUUUUUCGGGUACAUCCAAAGAACAGCUCAUGAACAUUUCUCGAGAGAUUCCAGGUCUCGACAAAGAACCUUUCGACGCCAUAUUGGUUUUUAACGAUCCCCGCGACUGGGGUGCCGACAUCCAGAUUAUUUUGGAUCUGCUCAACAGCGACAAGGGAAUGCUGAACACGAUGCGCGACACCACUACAGCUGAGAAGCUCUCAAAACCAUCUGUUCCUAUUUACUUCUCCAAUAACGAUAUGUUGUGGGCCAAUCAGUACACUUUGAACCGGAUCGGUCAAGGUGCCUUCAGAACCAUUAUAGAGACACUAUAUGCCGAGCUUAAUCUUGGAGCCCGUCUACAGAACACCAUCAUUGGCAAGCCUACGAAGGUGACCUACGAUUUUGCGCAUCACAUACUGAUAAAAUGGCGGGAGAAGCUUGCUAGUGGCUCAAAACAGGAUAUUCCAUUGCCCAGUCUCGGUGUGGCACCAGAAACGUCGCCCUUCCGCAAGGUAUUCAUGGUCGGCGACAAUCCUGCCAGUGACAUAAUUGGAGCCCAUAAUUACGGCUGGUCGACUUGUCUGGUGCGCUCUGGCGUGUACCGUGACGGAGACCCGCUGCCUUGCGACCCUACAAUGAUAGCAGACAACGUGCUAGACGCUGUGCGUCGUGCUAUACAAUAG